AUGGAAGUUAUAGAUGAAACACCUGAAUUAAAUGCAUCUAUUGAUCAACGUCGAAUUGAUCUAGAAGAAAGUAAUGAAGUAACUGUUGAAACAAAUGAGACAGAAACGUCCCAGAAAAUAGCGGCUGUCCGAGGUCCUGACACAGUAGCUAUAAAUGAAAACAUUUCUAGCCAAUCUGAUCAUAAUACGGAAAAAAGAAUGGAUCAAACAAAUGAACUGAAUACGGAAAUCAUAGUCAAAAACUUGGAUAAAAAAAUCUACUAUGAAAUUGAAAUUCAGUCAACUGAAUCUGUUAUAGAAGUUUCUAAUACAGAAACAUCAUCAGUUGAAGUUAAUAAAGAAGAAACAUCGGUAUUACAAUUAAGUAAAGAAAUAUUAGCAGUUCAAGUAAAUCAUACAGAUUCAUCCAAUAAAGAUAAAGUCAGGUUUAAGACUGAAAUACUAGUUGAAAAAAAUGAUCAUGAUAUUAAUGAAAAUGACUUAAAUGAGACAAACUCUGAUGAAUAUGCUACUAAUAAUAUUUUGAGUGAAUUGGGGCAAAGUAUAGAACUAAGUGAAGCCUUAAGAUCAUCUGAUGUCAAUGAUCAUGUGGAAAAAGCAAAGUUAGCUUUACAACAACUCACACAACUGAAAAAUAGUAAAAAGAGAAUUGAAAAGAAAGUAGAAUCUGAUAGCAUUAUUAAUGUUUUAGUAAAGGAUUGGGAUGAUGAAGAAACUUCAGAAACAGAGAAGUCUGCUAAAUUGCUUAAAGAGACAGACUUCCUUUUGAAGUUCUCUGAUGAACUUAAAAAAGUCCAAAUAGCAGUAACAGCUUAG